CGCGCGAGCCCCGACCGGCCGUGCGUUCCGAGCUGCUCGAUCGCCGUGCCGCCGCGCGUUCGCUUCGGUCCGAUCGAUGGGGGACGACGACGACACCCGCGAGGUGGCGGCACUGCAUGGCCGGCGGCGGCGAGGUGAAGGGGACGACCGCUGGGAUGGCGACGGCGGUUGGUGGGUGUCGGGGAGCACGGAGGGGCCCGCGGCCGGGACGGUGUCCGGCGGGUCGUCGGCGGCGACGUGGUCGCUCUUCUCGUCGACGUCGAGCCUCACCGACGAGGAGGAGGACGGCGAAGGCGGCGCGACGUCGGCCUCCUCCCGGCCGGAUCGUGUCCUCCCUGGCGUCGUCGGGGUCGGAAACGGUGCAGAUGGGCGCGGCCGCCGGCGGGACGGCCGCCGGGCCGCUCUACGCGCUGUCCACGAUGCUCGAGGAUCUUCCGGCUCUCAGAACAGGGCUGUCCAAGUUGUACAAGGGAAGAUCCCAGUCCUUCACAUCGCUGGCCGAUGUCAGCUGCGUGGAGGAUCUCGCGAAGAAGACUACCCCUUACAUCAGAAGAAAGAAGCAGGCGCCCAGGUGCUACGCUGAAGUGCUGGGCGCCAAGAACCGGCUGUCGAAGACGAUAGCCAAAAAGGUGCCGAGGGGCAAGCCACCUGCUAGGUCAUGGCAAGAGAGAGAUGUACAGAUGCUAGGCCAUGGCCAAAAAAUGUAGGCGGCUCAUGCCAAUGAAAUGAGAUAAGUACACUAGUACAGCACUGAGAACACUAGGCCAUGGAUUGCUUACUGAAAUCGUUUUAUUUGCCUAUCAUGUUCUUUGGUCA